GCCAUUGUCUCCUGAGCCGCUUGUUUGCCGAGCGAAUGCAUCCGGCGUGCAUUCUUACUUUAAGGGUGAACUCGUGACACGGCAUGGGGCUGAAUAAGAAGUAAGAAGAAGUCAGGGAAAAACAUGGGGACGAAUCACUUGAUAGUGGCGGCAAUUGUACUCGCGGUUGCCACCGUCUGUCGGGCGGAGUGCCAGACUCGUUCCGUUUACUGCUACGAAUGCGACUCGUGGACGGAUCUAAGAUGUAAGGAUCCAUUCAAUUACACCGCGCUUCCGAGGGAUCAGCCGCCAUUGAUGACCUGCAAUGGCUGCUGCGUGAAAAUGGUUCGAAACGCGAAGUCACCGUACGAGAGCGUGAGGCGAACCUGCACGUCGCAGCUACAGAUAAAUUUAUUCAUGGUGGACCACGUGUGCAUGAUGGAAAGUACCGGCACUGGUCACAUGUGCUUCUGUGAGGAGGAUAUGUGCAAUCGUGUAUCCCCGACCUCGUGUUCGAAUCCCGUACUCCUGCUGAUCCUGUCGACCCUCCUUGUACUGCGCUCGGUGGUCUUAGGGGGCCCAGCUUGCUUUGUAGAACGUUGCAACGGUCACGUCGUAUAACACUGAUUUACACGACCUCACCACCCACCGCCACCCAUCAGUGGUUUCGAAUUCAUAUCCCUCUUAGACACAUAGUUUUUACCCGACGACACGGCCUGUCCAAUCGGGACGAGCGAUUUUCUAUGUGAUCCCAUGUGUGUUGUAUGUACACAUGAACGAAAAC